AUGAACUCGUUGAGUGAGUUUUGCUCGUUGUUCUGCUGUCCACCUUGCCCGUCCAGAAUUGUUGCCAAAUUGGCAUUUGCACCACCAGAACCAACAUACAGUUUCAUUGAGGAUGAGGGCUCCAAAUUUGCAAUAUCCUUAUCGAAACGCGCUGAGUGGCAUUACACGGAAAGGGAAAAGGAGUCGGUCGAAGGUUUUUAUGCACGCACAUCACGUGGAAAUCGAAUAGCGUGUCUAUUUGUAAGGUGCUCAGCAACAGCGAGAUUCACUAUUUUAUUUUCGCAUGGUAAUGCCGUUGAUCUUGGACAAAUGUCGAGUUUCUACUUGGGUCUCGGUUCCAGAAUUAAUUGCAACAUAUUCAGUUAUGAUUACUCCGGGUACGGUGUAAGUGGUGGUAAACCAUCUGAGAAGAAUCUUUAUGCUGACAUUGAUGCUGCUUGGCAUGCGCUCAGAACACGUUAUGGGAUCAGUCCUGAGAAUAUUAUAUUGUAUGGACAAAGCAUUGGAACUGUCCCCACUGUUGAUCUUGCUGCUAGGUACGAGGUUGGAGCGGUUAUUCUUCAUUCACCGCUAAUGUCCGGAAUGAGGGUCGCUUUUCCUAAUACCAAGAGAACUUGGUUCUUUGAUGCAUUUUUGAGUAUAGACAAAGUACCGAAGGUAAUGUCACCAGUUCUUGUGAUUCAUGGUACUGACGACGACGUAAUCAACAUCAGCCAUGGUCUUGCAAUUUACGAGAGAUGUCCCAGGCCAGUGGAGCCCCUGUGGGUUGAGGGAGCUGGUCACAACGAUGUUGAGCUGUUCAAUCAGUACCUGGAGCGACUGAAACACUUCGUAAGCGUUGAAUUAGUAAACUGACGUAGAUUAAGCCUCCCAGACAAGGAGGGAGGACAGGGUGAAGGUGAGGAUGAUUU